CCCCCUUCUCUCCCAUUCCCCCAUGCGUGCCGCUCGCCUUGCCCUUGUCCUCGCGCUUGUCGCUGCUGUUGCGUACGGCUCGUCGUCCAAGUCGAGCGAGACCUUUGUCCCCACUUCGGUGACCCUUCCGGGCAACACGACUGAUGUGUCCAAGUGGGCAUUGAGCAUGACAACUGCGCUGCAGAACGGGAACUCGACGCUGCUGAUGGGUCUGUUUGACGGCCAGGUGACCGGCUCCAACCCGCUGGGAGCUACUUCGACGACGACGGCAACGGCGCUGGUGAGCAAGCUGAUGGAUCUGGUCUCGGCUUUCAAGAGCUACUCGGUCGAUGCUCUGGCUAUUGUGCAGAAUUUUGAUGCGCCUGGUGUUGAUACCAACUACGCUACCUUUACCCUCGUCUUCAACGGUGUCACCAACAACAACUGCAUCGUCACAUGGAACUCGCAGGUCAUCGUCUCGUUCUCGGCAGAGAACAAGGCCGCCAGCUACGUCUCCCUUUGGGACGUCAACUCGGUCAACUCUCGCCUCGCGCAGAAGUGCCACUAGUCUCCCCUGUGCCUUUUCUAUCUCUCUUCGCUCCCGGCGCCCCUGACCCCGAGCUGCCUGGCGCCGCCUCGUCUCUCGUCAAGCGCACCCAUACCUCCCCGCCGAUCGCCGCCGUCGCCCAAGCCGCCCUUUGCCGCCA